AAGAUAGCUCAGCUACAACAGCAGCAGCAGAGUGGGGGCCAACAGAACCAGCAAUUACAACAGCUUGCUAUGUCAAAUCAGCAAUCACUUGGUUCAAAUCCUCAUCUUAACCAACCAGAGAAAAUGAGCACUGGUACUGCAGAUGGAAGCUUGCCAAAUUCUUUUCGAGCAAAUGAUCCGGCUUCAAAGAACCAAACAAUCCGGAAGAGGAAACAGCCUGUUUCAUCAUCUGGUCCAGCCAAUAGUUCAGGAACCGCUAACACAGCUGGUCCGUCUCCAAGCUCAGCACCCUCAACGCCCUCUACUCACACACCUGGAGAUGUAAUGCCUAUGAAUUCAAAUAAGCCCCUCAUGAUGUUUAGCUCUGAUGCCACGGGAACUCUAACUUCUCCUUCAAAUCAACUGUGGGAUAACAAAGUACAAGCUGAUAUGGACCGUUUUGUGGAAGAUGGUUCACUGGAUGAUAAUGUUGAAUCAUUUCUUUCUCAUGAUGACGCAGAUCCUAGAGAUGCUGUAGGCCCUUGCAUGGAUGUAAAAGAUGGAUUCACUUUUAAUGAAAUUGUAUCUACUCGAGCAAGUUCGAACAAGGUUGUCUGCUGUCACUUCUCUUCAGAUGGAAAGCUUCUUGCUACAGGUGGUCAUGACAAAAAGGCUGUUCUGUGGUUUACUGAUAAUUUGAAACCAAAAUCAACAUUGGAAGAACACUCUUUUCUAAUUACUGAUGUUAGGUUUAGCCCAAGCAUGCCACGAUUGGCCACUUCUUCUUUUGACAAAACUGUUAGGGUUUGGGAUGCUGAUAAUCCAGGAUAUUCGCUCCGCAAUUUUACGGGACAUUCUGCAUCUGUUAUGUCUCUGGACUUUCAUCCCAACAAAGAGGAUCUGAUAUGCUCAUGUGAUGGAGAAGGGGAAAUACGUUAUUGGAGCAUUAAUAAUGGUACUUGUGCAAGAGUCUUCAAGGGCGGUACCACACAAAUGAGGUUUCAACCACGUCUAGGUCGAUGUCUAGCAGCUGCUGCUGAGAACAUUGUGGCCGUUAUGGAUGUUGAGACGCAAAGUUGCCUUCAUUCAUUGCAGGGACACUCCAAACACGUUGAUUCAAUCUGCUGGGAUCCCUCUGGAGAGUUAUUAGCUUCAGUUAGCGAAGACUCGGUGCGUGUAUGGUCACUUGGAUCUGGAAGGGAGGGCGAGUGCGUCCAUGAAUUGAAUUCUAGCGGGAAUAAGUUCCAUUCAUGUGUUUUCCACCCUACCUAUCCAUCUUUGCUUGUCAUUGGCUGCUAUCAGUCUCUGGAACUAUGGGAUAUGGCUGAGAACAAGAGGGUGAGACUCGCAGGCCAUGACGGACUGAUUGCUGCUCUUGCUGCAUCAAAUGCCAAUGGAUUGGUAGCUUCAGUCAGCCAUGAUAAGUUUGUUAAACUAUGGAAAUAGCUUCAAAAUCACUUCAAAAAAAUUUUGCUCCUCCAUAGCAUAAUAUUCUUUUUUACCUCCCAUGAAUUUUCAUCAGAAACAGCAGCUCUCUUGCAGUGGAAUAUGUUAUCAUCAUUUAUAUCACUACUGUUGCUUUUGAUGCCUUGAGCGUAUUAAAUGACUAAUGAUACUGUUGUUCUCACUGCAUCAAAGCAAAAUUUUGUAUAUACUGUAUCUCGUAUGCUUAUUUUUUGUGGUUUCCAGCCAUGUUCAUGUAUUCCCAUGUGUUUUUAACAUUUUAUAUGCUGCUACGGUUGCAGGCUUUUCCAA